AGAGAAAGUAUGCCACGGAUUGGUCUGUGACCCUCUCUGCACUCUGAACCUUUGUCAAACCGUGUUAAAGUUUUUCCAUUCAAACAGAAAUAUCAGAAAAUGAUACAUACUUUCCUGGUAUUUUCCUCAAAGGCUUAAACCAUUGCCUAGCUCAAUUAUUCUCUUCCCAAAUAAUGUCUUCACUGCCAAAUAACAACAACAUCCACAAUCAGCUCUGCUCUGCUCUGCUCUGCUUCUCUCCCUAAUUUGGAACUUCUGAGAAUAUUUUCUAUGCUCUACAAGAGGACUGGUCUAUAGGAAUUUGAUUACAGAGUUUAGUUUGAGUAGAAAAAUCAACCAGUGCAAAAAUUUUUACCAUGGUAGGUUUGGAACUCAUACCUAUAGGUACAAUAUUAACUGUGGUAACAAACCAGGUUUUGAGAACAGCUCAUGCAGCAUCUGAUGUUCUUAUUGGUAAAGAAAGUUUCAAGGCCCUUUCAAAACAUCUAUUUGAUAUCGAGCCGGUCCUAAAGGAAUUACAGCUUCAAGAAUUGAAUGAUUCACUACCUACAAGAGUUGCUCUAGAGUCCCUUGAAAAAGAUGUUAAAAAAGCAAACAAUUUGGUUGAAAAGUACAAGAAUCGCGGACGUUUCUACUUAUUGGUUAAGUGUCGGUCCAUAGUCGAGGAGGUUAAACAAGUCACGAGGGAUAUCGGAAAGUCUCUGGCUACACUUCCUAUUGCAAAUACUGGAUUGCAAUCAAGAAUCUCUGAUCAGGUUCAUAGACUACAGGAUGAGAUGCAAAGGGUUGAGUUCGAGGCUUCGCAAUCUCAGCUUGAAAUUGUUGACAAGUUGAACCAAGGACUAAGAGAACAGAAACAAGAUCAGGCUUUUGCGAACGACAUACUUGAGGAGAUCGCGAGGGCGGUUGGAGUGCCAGUGGAACCAUCUGAGAUAGGAAAAGAGUUGGCCAGCAUUAAGAAGGAAAAAGAAGAAGCUGCAAUUCGGAAAGAAAAGGCCGAAUUUGUUUUCUUGGAGCAGAUCAUUAAGUUACUCUCUAGAGCUGAUGCAGCAAGGGAUUAUGAAGAAGUUAAGAAUCAAUACUUUGAAAGGCUUCAAGUGAUAGAGAGAUAUGGUUCAAGGGAGAAAUAUAUCAUGCCACUUAAUUCUUUCCUUUGUUGUAUAACUGGAGGUGUGAUGGUUGAUCCUGUUAGCCUUUGCACAGGUACUACAUGUGAGAGAUCUGCUAUUGAAGCUUGGUUUUACGAUGGAAAUCAAACCGACCCGGAAACAAAAGAGGUUCUUGAAGAUACUAGCUUAAGGUCUAAUAUUCCACUAAGACAGUCCAUUGAAGAGUGGAGAGAACUUAAUUACUGUCUCUUGAUAAGGUCUAUUAGGGAAAAUUUGUUAUUAAAUUGUGACCUGCAAGAAUCCAUGAGCCAAAUGCAGGCUCUAAUAAAGGAGAAUUCUAUUAACAAGGAUUGGAUCUCUAUUGGAGAGCUUACUGAUAUUGUUAUCUCUAAACUUGGGAAGUCUAAUGACAGAGAAGUGAAGAUGAAGAUUUUGAUCACUUUGAAAGAUGCUGUUGAGGGACAUGCAAGAAACAAGGAGAAAGUGGCCGAGUCUCAAGGAUGGGAUCAUAUUAUUUCGUGCUUAAAGAGCGACUCCAACAUUUCAAAGGCAGCAAUUGAUUUGUUACACGAGUUACUUCAAGACCGAUCUGGUUGGAAUCAAUGUUUUUGCAAAAAACUUUCUGACAACCAUACUGCAGUUCCUUACCUUGUAACCCUUGCAAAGGACCCAGAAAACGAUUCAGCUGAGGUUGCAUGUAAGAUUUUGAUGGAGCUUUUUGAAAUAAAUGAAAGCAGCAUUAUCACUGCUGCUAAUUGUGGCUGGUAUAAGCCACUAGCUGAUCGCAUGAUUCGAGGACCGGAUUCGAGAAUAUCAAUGGCAAAAGCUAUAGUUAAUUUGGAUUUGGAUGAUUCAAAUUUGAUGCUCCUUGGCAAGGAAGGAGUUAUAACUCCUUUAAUAGAUAUGCUGUCUGGAAGUAUCGAAUCAAAAGAUCUGUCAUUGUCUGCGCUGGUUAAACUAGCCGGAUCUCAUGCUAACAAAGGAAUUAUUGCUUCCUCCGGCGGUGUUCCUCUUAUUCUAGAUUUAAUGUUCUCUCCUCGGACGAGAUCAUUCAUUGCCAUGAAAUGCUCGGAAAUUCUUGAGAAGCUUUCUUCUUCUGAUGAUGGAAUUGAUUUCUUUGUUGACGGAGAAGGGCAACAGCUUGAGUUAGAUUCCAUCAUCACAAAAUUAUUAGUUUUGCAGAAAACUUCCAACUCAGGUCACAGCCUUCGUAAGCCUGCACUACGCGCUCUUCUCGGUAUUUGCAAGUUUGAGACUAGUUUGGUGAAGAAAGCAAUUCUUGCAGCCAAUGGUGUAUCUCUAAUUCUUCCACUUCUUGAUGAUUCUGACUCAGAAAUUCGAGAGACUGCGAUAAACCUGCUAUUUCUUUUCUCUCAGCACGAACCGGAAGGAGUAGUUGAAUACCUCUUCAAGCCUAGAAGGUUGGAAGCUUUGAUUGGAUUUUUAGAGAAUGAUGACAAUGAUAAUGUACAAAUGGCUGCAGCUGGUUUACUAGCUAACCUACCGAAAUCGGAACGAAAACUAACUACAAUGUUGAUUGAAAUGGGAGGACUUGAUGCAAUCAUAAGCAUUUUAAAAACCGGAAAAAUGGAAGCAAAAGAAAAUGCUCUCAGCGCUCUCUUCAGGUUCACAGAUCCUACAAACAUCGAGUCACAACGUGAUUUGGUUAACCGAGGAAUAUAUCCAUUGCUUAUUGAUUUUCUCAAUACCGGUUCAGUCACAGCAAAGGCAAUAGCUGCAGCUUUCAUUGGCGAUCUUUCUAUGAGCACUCCAAAGCUAACAGUUGCAUCCAAACCAAAGGGUUGCUGGUUUUUCAAAUCAUCGCGCGUUCCAUUAUGCGCAGCACACGACAGUGUGUGCAGUGUCACCAGCACAUUUUGUCUCUUGGAAGCAAAUGCUUUACCUGGUUUAAUAAAGCUGUUACAUGGUGAGGUUCAUGCAACUGCUUAUGAAGCAAUACAAACACUUUCUACAUUGGUUUUGGAGGAAUUUCCACAAAGGGGGGCUCGUUUGUUGCAUGAGUCAAAUGCAAUGAGACCCUUAUUGGAGAUUUUGAAUUGGGGUAGUGAGUCCCUUAAGGCAGAAGCUUUAGGACUUAUGGAGAAGGUGUUUGUGUCAAAGGAAAUGGUGGAAUACUAUGGAGUGACAGCUAGAUCACAUUUAGUUUGUCUUACUGGCAUGAAUAUAUAUGGAGAUGGUCAUCUUAGAAGGAAAGCUGCUAAGGUAUUAUCAUUGAUUGAACGUUAUUCAAAGUCUUCAUCAUCUUCUAUCUCUGGAGUUUUUGAGUGAAACUCUAGGCCCUAAAUAGUUUGCUUAUAUAUAAAAGAGAUUUAUUAUUAGCAUGAGUCAUCAGAAAUUAUUAAAAUUAUCAAAACGAAUUGAAUCAUAUAGUUCCGUUUAA